GUCUCGUCCUUCCUGAGGACUAAUUCUUUAUUUCUGCAGCAGGUCUCUUCCUUCCUGGGGUCUAACUGUCUCUUCUGCAGCAGCAGGUAUUGUGCCUCGUGAGGACUCACUGUUUCUUCUGCAGCAGGUCUUGUCCCUCCUGGUGAACGGGAUGACAACAAAAAUCAUCCAUUUCAUGCUGAACGGGAGGCUGCAGCAGGCCGAGUUCAGAGACGACUGCUCUACUGCAGAGGUCAAAGAUCUGUUUCGUGCGGCGGCAGAGGCAGAGCCUCACCACAUCCUGAAGAUGUACAACAUAAACGGCAGCGUGGUGAACAUCUCACCACGGCUGGACACCAACAGCGUGGACUCGUACUACCGGCUGGAGGUGGUGGCAUCCGAUCUAAAGAGUGUGGGGAUGCCCACAGAGCUGGACAGCAUGGAGCACAGGCUGCAGCGUCUGGAGAAUAAAGUCAGUGAAGAGGCAGUAAAGAGUCCGGACGCCAUCGCUGACCUGAAGAGUCAGGUGGAGUCUUUUAAAAGGAAGCUGGAGAGUGUGGAGCACCUGAGCUGGAUGGGUUUGUUCAAGGAGGACAGCGACCAUCAGCUCUCCACGCUGUCCCCAAAACCCAAAACCUCUGGGCUGAGCCUGCAGGAGGACCGCCAACAAGUCCGCAGGAAGUUCCUCAACAUGAGUUCGCUGCAGGUCACAGAAGAAGUGAGAGAGCAUCUUAAAACUCCUAUUUUUGACAACUGGCAGUGGGAGGAGGCUGAGAUGCUGGUGCUCCUGCAGGUGAUGUUCACUGACCUGGACUUCCUGACGGCGUUCCACAUCGAGUUGGACGUCCUGCAGAACUUCCUGUUCGAGGUCUUCUGUCACUACAACAACAUCCCCUUCCACAACUUCAGACACUGUUUCUGUGUCACGCAAAUGAUGUACGGGCUCAUCUGGCUGACGGAGCUCAGAAGUAAACUAUCGAGAAUCGACCUGUUGAUCAUGUUGACCUCUGCGCUGUGUCACGACCUGGACCACCCUGGAUACAACAACGUGUACCAGAUCAACGCUCAGACCGACUUAGCUCUUCGUUACAACGACAUCUCGCCGCUGGAGAACCACCACUGCGCCGUCGCCUUCGGCAUCAUGUCCAAGCCAGAGUGUAACAUCCUAAAGAACCUGACCUGCGAGCAGUACAAACACAUCCGAGGAGGAAUGAUCAAAUGUAUCCUGGCGACAGACAUGGCGAGACACAACGAAAUUCUCAACAAGUUUAAAACCAUGCAGCCGGUGUUCGACUUCACCAACAAGGACCACAAGGAAGUGCUGAUGAAGAUCAUGGUGAAAGUGAGCGACAUCUCCAACGAGGCGAGGCCGAUGGCGGUGGCCGAGCCGUGGCUGGACUGUCUGCUGCAGGAGUUCUUCAAUCAGAGCGACACGGAGAAACUAAAAGGACUCCCAGUGACUCCGUUCAUGGACAGAGACAAAGUGUCCAAACCGUCCUCUCAGACCAACUUCAUCAGAUUCGUUCUCCUGCCGCUCUUCACUGAGCUCACCAAGCUGUUCCCCUGUCUGGAGGAACACAUUCUGGAGCCGGUGAGACGAGCCCUGGAUUAUUACUCCGACCUGGAGAGAGCCGGCAAGGAGGAGACCAAGGAGUGAGGAGGAGCAGGAGGAGCAGGAGGAGGAGGAGG